CAAGGAGACUACCAUAAUGCUGCAUUUGAUGCUAUUGUCACAGGCGUCGUAUUCGUCGCAUUAGCUCACGUCUACGUUGUCACAAGGUGUUCGGACGUAGAUGACAAGCCGCGCUCGCUAUGGAGACUUCUUAUUUGUUGUCGCGAAGAAGUCGCAAACAAAAUCCCGAUAAGCAUGACUGAUGCCAGGUUUUGCAAUAUGGUAAAUCUCUUCAUUAACGUAAUUUAA